AUGUGGAAGCGCAAAUUCUCCGCAGCCGGCGGAGAUGCUUCCGCCGAAUCUUCCGCCUCGCGCGGCCGUGGUGCGGGCGGGAGCGGAAGCGGAAGCAGCGGAUUCGGCUUCGUGCGCUCGGGGGGAAGCGCGUACACGCCGCCCGUGAAUCCUGCCGGCUCGUACGGCGGCUUCGGCGGAGGAGGAAGCUACGCCGGCUACCGCAGCGGCUCGGGUCGGCGGUCGCUGCCGGACGACGAGGACGACGAUAUAGCGGAUAUCGAGUACCGCGAUGACGGGGAUGCGGGGGGCGCCACGACGGCCACUGGUUUUGGGGAAGGAGAAGACGACGAGGGAAACCGACGCGCGGCGGCGGCGGGAGAGGAGGAGGAGGAUCCGCUCGACGUGUUCAUGUCGGGCAUUGAGCAGAAGGUGAAGGAGGACGCGGUCGCCGCCACUUCGCGCGCGGCGGCGGCGGGCGCGAAGGGCGGAGAAUCAGGGGAAGCCGCAAAGCCGGAGCGGGAGGACUGGCGCGCGGAGGAGGAGGAGGCGGAUCUGCUCAACUCGUUCCUGCGCGCGCGCAAGAGCGCGGGGCUGUCGGUGGCGGCGGACGCUGUGAUGGGGCGCGGGUACGACUCGGACGAGGAGGUCUACGCCGCCGCGAAAGCCGUCGACGCCGCUGCCGCCGCCGCGGCCGCCGCCGGCGCUGCGGGCGGCGCGGCUGGGUCCGCAUUAGAGUACGACUCGGACGAUAACCCGAUAGUGGCUGACUCGGUAACGUCGUUAAAGAGCAAGAUGGACGCGCUAGGCCACGUAGACCAUUCCGCGAUCGAGUACGACGAGUUCGAGAAAGAUUUCUACCAGGAGCAUCCUGACGUCACCGCCAUGUCAGCAGCCGACGUGGCGGCGCGGCUCGCGGCGCUCUCGAUCCGCACGUCGGGCUUCGACGUGCCGCGCCCGAUCAGCGCGUUCGCGCACGCCGCGCUCCCCCCCGCGCUGAUGGGCGCAGUGCGCAAGCACGGCUACUCCGCGCCCACGCCCAUCCAGUCCGCCGCGCUCCCCGUCAUCCUCAGCGGCCGUGACGUCAUCGGCGUCGCGAAAACCGGCUCGGGAAAAACCGCCGCGUUCGUCCUCCCUCUGAUCGUCCACGUGGCGGACCAGCCGCGCGCGGGGCGCGGGGAGGGCCCGAUCGCGCUGAUCUGCGCGCCGACGCGCGAGCUGGCGGCGCAGAUCCACGCGGAGGCACGGCGCUUCGCGAAACCCCUAAACCUCCGCGUGGCGGGCGUGUUCGGCGGGAUGUCGAAAUUCGAGCAGUUCAAGGAGUUGAAAGGGGGCGUGGAGGUGGUGGUGGCGACGCCCGGGCGGCUGAUCGACAUGCUCAAGAUGAAGGCGCUGUCGCUGCGACGCUGCACGUUCCUCGUGCUGGACGAGGCCGAUAUGAUGUUCCACCUGGGCUUCGAACCGCAGGUGCGAGCCAUCGUGGCGCAGAUCCGCCCCGACCGCCAGACGCUGCUCUUCUCCGCCACCAUGCCGCGCCGCAUCGAGCGCCUCGCGCGCGACAUUCUUACCCACCCCGUGCGCAUCGCCGUGGGGGAGGUGGGCGCAGCAAACACGGACGUGCGGCAGCAGGUGGUGGUGCUGGCAGGGGACGACGGGAAGGUCCCGUGGCUGCUGGGGGAGCUGGGCACGCGCGUGGACGAGGGCGACGUGCUCGUGUUCGCCGGGACGAAAUUACGAGUUGAUGCGGUAACCGCGGCGGUGGCGGGCGCGGGGUUUAAGGUCGGCGCGCUGCACGGGGAUUUGGACCAAUCGCGGCGCAGCGAGGUGGUGCGGCAGCUGAAGAAGGGAGACUUGCAUGUGGUUGUUGCCACGGAUGUAGCAGCCAGGGGAUUAGACAUCCGAUCCAUCAAAACGGUUAUUAAUCUGGACAGUGCGCGGGACAUGGACGCUCAUGUGCAUAGAGUGGGGAGGACGGGCAGGGCGGGGGACACGGAUGGAGUGGCGAUUUCGGUGGUGACGGGGAAGGAGGCGCGGUUUGCGGGCGAGCUGGUUGGGUGCCUCGUGGCCGGUGGGCAGGAGGUGCCUCCAGAGCUGCUGGAGCUGGCGAUGAAGGUGAGAGCGAGAGCAGGAAGGGGGGGGGGGAUGGUGAGGGUGGGUGCUAGUGAUGAGAGCGAGGGGGCGAGCUGGUGGGGUGCCUCGUGGCGGGCGGGCAGGAGGAUUCUCGGUUCAGAGCUCAGAGGGAGGGGAGAGGAGGUGAGUCACUCGGCCGUUUACUCUUCUCUCCACCACCACUUGCCGUUUACCCCUUCUUCCCACAGCGUUUCCUCCCCUUUCCCUCCCCACCCGCCCCCCUGUAUCUUUUCUCGCGUCUGUUGCCUCUCUUUUCGCACCCGUUGCUUCUUCUUGCCAUUGCCCUGCCCCCCACCUACACACAGAGCCCUGCGUCCCAUGAAGCUGGGAUGCACCCCUUGCCUGCCUCGCUCCCUUGCUUGCUUACUUGGGGCAAAUGCGUUCGUGUCUGGGGGAUCACUGGGUGUUGCUGGGACGCCCACUGAUCAUGCUGCUUCUGCUGCUGCUGGCGGUGGUAGUGCUGCUGCUGGUGGCAGCAGUGGGGGCAGCAGGGUGGGCACGCGAGCAGGGGCAGUGGAUGCACUGCGGGUGGGCAUGAUGGCCAAGUUCAAGUCCUCCUUUGUUGCUGCCUCCGCUCCCCACCCCCACGACCCUGUCCCCGACCUCCCUCCGCCCCCUCCGCCUCUCCCCCCUGCUUCUGAUGCCCCUCCCCCUCCGCCCUCUGCUGCUACUCCUGCUGCUUCUGGCUUUGCGGCACCACAAGGAGCAGUCGCAGAGCCAGCUUGGGGGGCAAGCGCUGCUGCUGCUGCUGCUGCUGCUGUUGGUGGUGGUGUCAGCAGUGGCAGCAGCAUGGGGGCAGACGUGGUGGCGGCUGCGAUUGCAGCGGCUGCAGCCAAGGCUGCUGCCAUCGCUGCCAGCCUUGGCCUGCAGGCUCCCGGGGGAGGAGGUGGGGGAGGAGGGGUAGGAGGGGCAGCAGCGGGAGGGAUGGCGAUGGGAGGAGGGGUGACAGGGACGGUUGCUAGCAUGGGUGCAGCUUCAGGUGGAGUUGAUGGUAUCACGUCGUACAACGGCGGCGCGGUCGUCGCGAUGAAGGGCGACAAGUGCGUGGCGAUCGCGUGCGACCGGCGCUUCGGCGUGCAGCUGCAGACGCUGGCGACGGACUUCAACCGCGUCUUCCAGAUGCACCCGCGCCUCUUCCUCGGCCUCGCUGGCUUGGGUACCGACGUGCAGACGCUCAAGCAGCGUCUGGAGUUUCGCCACAAGCUGUUCGCGCUGAGGGAGGACCGAGUCAUGCCGCCCGCCACCUUCGCCCACCUCGUCAGCUCCAUCCUCUACGAGCGCAGGUUCGGGCCGUACUUCAUCGAGCCUGUGAUUGCAGGUCUGGAGGAUGAUGGCACGCCCUUCAUCUGCGCCACUGACCUCAUUGGUGCAUAUGAGGAGUGCCCCGAGUUUGGCGUGGCAGGCACGGCGGACGAGUCGCUGUUUGGGGCGUGCGAGUCGUACUGGCAGCCGGGGCUGCAGCCGGAGGAGCUGUUUGAAACCAUCUCGCAGGCGCUGCUCGCUGCUGUGGAUCGGGAUGCUCUCAGUGGAUGGGGGGCUACUGUCCAUGUCAUUACUCUUGACAAAAUUAUUACUCGCACACUCAAAGGCCGGAUGGAUUAA